UUAACUUUUAGAUGAACGUUUUAUGAUUUUGUUUCUAAAUUACAAAUAUGAAUAAAAUAGGCAAAUAUGUGUAUUAAAAAAUCCGUUGUUCUCAAAUGUAGUAGCAUCGUCUAUUAAAGUUUUCAUAACUGAUAUUCUCGAAUAACUUACUUUCCAUAUCCUUCCAAAUAUAUAUGAACAUUUUUGAUUCUUAUUAGCCGUGAAUUUAUAUAAUCUUUAAUUUUUCAUACUGUUCAUCCCUCCCUCAACCUACCAGAUUGGCCUUGCUUAGUUCACAAAAUGUCUGGUAAAGUAAAGGGCCCUAUUAUAGAUCCAGCUUUCUGUCGCUGCUGUCGUUCUAUUAAGCGUUGUCGUGUGUUAACCACGGAAUACGAUUGGAAAGGAGGCAAAGAGAUCUAUUCUGAUAUGUUUAUGGAUGUGUUUGGAUUGCUGCUGUCACAUCUCGAUGGAGAUAACAAAGACAACUGUAUAUGUGCAACUUGUGUUGGUCGACUUCGUGAAGCAAGUGCUUUUAGAGAGCAGGUACUGAUGUGUGAGCAGCUAUUUCUAAAUGCCCGGCUACAAAACAAAGAAUGUUUAGCACUUGAAAUAAAAGGUGAAGCACCAAGCAGUGAUGAUGACAAUGAUGAUCUGCCUCUGGCACUGUGUGAUACGAGUAGUAUUGUUAAGGAGGAAAAGAAGCCCGAAGUGUGUGUGGAUAAUGCGAAAACGCAAACGAAAAAGAAUGGCAAAAUUAAGAAAAUUAGCAAAUUGAAGAAGAUUACGAAAACUAAAUUAAAGAGAUAUGGGAAAAUGAAAAUCAUCGAGAAAAAAGUAUCAAAGAAGAAAGAAGCAGAACUAGAUCAUGACGAACAAGAGAUGGCUUAUGAAAACACAAUAGCAUUAGUUAAUAACUCCUACAUAUGUCCGUUUAGAAACCGAAUCAGCAUCUACUACUGCUAUUACUGCCGGGAUCAAUUCACAAACCCCGAGGAACUCCGCGAACACACACUAACACACAACCCCAAAGAACUAUUCCGCUUGUCCAUCGAAAAUAAAAAAAUUCCAAAAAUCGACAUCACCCGCAUCGAUUGUCGAUUGUGCGAUCAGAAAAUCGACAAUCUAGACACAUUCAAACAACACAUAACCGACACACACAAAUUAAAGUUGUUCCCUGUGAAAAAUGAGUUUUUGAAGUUUCGCCUUACACUGAAUAAUUUAACGUGCACAGAGUGUGACAGCGUAUUCCCGUAUUUUGAUUCGUUAACCAAACACAUGAUCACACAUUUUGGUACGUAUACAUGCGAUAUGUGCGGCGCGUGUUUCCUGGAAAAGGCGUCCCUCAGAACGCACAUAAACAAACACUUCAAGGUGGAAAUGAAUUUCCCGUGCGAGAUAUGCGGGAAAAACUUGAAAUCGAAAUACAGUAAGCGGCUUCACAUAGCGACGGUACACGAAAAAAAGCCUACCGUCAAUUGUUACAAAUGCGAAGCCUGCUUCCUGUCGUACGCGUUGCGAAAUCGUCAUUUGAUCGAAGUCCACGGCGACAGUCGGACGUUCCCAUGCAAGUUGUGCGAUAAGGUGUACAAUAGGCGGAAAACACUGAUGGAGCAUCAUAGGAGGAAUCAUUUGAAGGUGUUCAGACAUCAGUGCGAUAUGUGUGAUCAGCGUUUCUAUCUACCCUCGCGGUUGAAGGAACAUAUGGCGACGCAUACGGGGGAUAAAAAUUUUCGAUGCGAUUUCUGUGAGAAGUGUUAUCCGAGGUUGCAAUCUUUGCAGCAGCAUAUGAGGACUCAUACUUCUGAUUAGGAGGGGGAGUAAGCUGGCGAACGCGUGACGUAAGCGUUACGAAAAGUGUGAUCGGGCAAGGCGAACGGAAGUUGAGUGGGGGGAAGUAAGAGACGAAGGGUUUUUUGAAGUGAAACUUUUCUUUACGCAAACUUGAUUUGGGGAGUAAGCUGGCGAACGCGUGACGUAAGCGUUACGAAAAGUGUGAUCGGGCAAGGCGAACGGAAGUUGAGUGGGGGGAAGUAAGAGACGAAGGGUUUUUUGAAGUGAAACUUUUCUUUACGCACGCAUGACUUGGGGAGUAGGCUGGCGAACGCGUGACGUAAGCGUUACGAAAAGUGUGAUCGGGCAAGGCGAACGGAAGUUGAGUGGGGGGAAGUAAGAGACAGUGCGCGCGUACGUUUUCUUUCUCUAUUCCUCUCAUAGCCAAAUACGUUCCGUAUAUCUGAGCACGCUGCAGGCCUAUUGUCUGUAUCACAGUGUAGGAGCAAGAGAGAGCAUUGUGCGCACAUUUUCUUUCUCUCUUUCUCUUAUAGCUAGUAAAUGAAAUAUAUAUUUCGGUUAGUAGUUCAUUUGCGAGUUUACUAGCGUUACGUGAACGGUGAUUCUUUCUUUAUUUUUCGUUUAAAAUAUAAACGCGACCAGGGCUUUAUAUCUAUGUUAUUUUUUUAAAUACCCUCAUUUUUUAACUGUAAUGUAAUUGCUAAUCUGUAAUAGAGCUUUUUAUGUAUUUUAAGAUUGUUGUUAUACCUUAAUUGUCCUUGGUUCGAUUCUUAUAUAAAUGAUGUUUCGGAUCUGACACUAGAAAAAGUGUUCUUAAAAACCAGUAAAUUAAAAAAACCUGAAUUAUGAGGGUAGUUUAAAAUGAAUAGAACUGAAUUCUUACAAUUAAUAGAAAAUUAAUUGAAUUGCUAAGGUUUAGUAGAUUAAAAAGCCUUUAAUGACGAGAAUUGAAUUCGAUAGUUUAGUUUAGUUGGGCACAGAUGCCUGACCACCUGCUAACCUAACCUAACUUUCGUUAAAGGACUACAAAAACAUAGUUAUAUAAAUACCGUCAAACUGUUGAUCU